CAGCGGAAGCUCUGGCCCCUACAAGGAAGCGAAAAUUAACACGGACGCGAGCUUUCCCGAUUGGUUUUCGCAACCCAGACAAAACAAAGUUGCGAGGCUUUUGACUCUGAUUAAAAACCAGCUCCUGAAGUAUCUUGGAUAAUAUAUUGUAAAUAAAAAUGAAAUCAGUGACUACUUAUGGUUUGCUUGUUGAAUGUUUUUGGUUUGCUCUGUUUUGUGGAUCUGCUACACAUUUAUUGGCUGAUAGUAUUGUGUUUCAUAAGUGGGAAAAAUUAUACUUAGUUCAUCAUUGGCCGGUGACUGUAUGCAUGAUGAAUGAAAAUGAAUGCAAAGAUCCACCAAUGUACUGGACAAUCCAUGGACUCUGGCCUGAUAAAGCUUCAGAAUGUAAUAGAAGUUGGCACUUCAAUAUAUCUGAGCUUAAGGAUUUAAUGGAAGACAUGAAAGAAUAUUGGCCAGAUAUACUACAUACAAACCAUACUUAUUUCUGGAAACAUGAAUGGGAAAAACAUGGGACAUGUGCAGCUGAAUUAGAGGCUCUUAACUCACAAAAAAAGUAUUUUCAGAAGACACUGGAACUCUAUAGAAAUAUUGACCUUAACAGUUUUCUCUCAAAAGUUGGGAUAAAGCCAGGCUCUACCUACUAUCAGCUGACAGCCAUCAAAGAAGCUCUUGAAAGCUUUUACAAUAUAAUGCCAAAGAUUCAGUGUAUUCCUGCUGAAGAGGGACAGCUACAAGUAAUAGGCCAGAUUAAAUUCUGCUUUACCAAGGAGUUUAUUCUGAGAAACUGUACAGAGGAACAAUCUGAUUUAUCUUCUACACUUGAAGACAAUUUUUUUAGAACAGAAGAUCUGUCAGUUUGUAAUGAUACUCUGACUUACUACCCUUCACAUAUGAAAACUUACAAACAUUUUUUUGGAAAUGUUGUAAUUUAGGAAAUCUGAACAUUUUAAAGUUUUAGCGGGGAACAAUUAUGCAUUGGAUUUAUACAGCAAGGCCAUUUGUGAAGCUAGUAUUAAGGGCUUUCUUUGUGUUUUGAUUGAUGACUGCUUGUUUCCUUAAAAUUGCUGUCCAUAUUAUAUAAUGUACUCUUUCUUCAAUAAAAUUUAUUUUUUACUUUUCU